AUAUAUCGUCAGAGCAUCAACAAGCCCAGCUAGCGGCAGGGUCACGGCACGAAAAUAGUUGAUAUUUACCUUUUUUAAAUUUAAGUAGGCGUCACUUAAUUAGUAAAAGUUUUACUUUUAAUACAAUACGAAUUAUGGGGUUUGUUCUAUCGAAAUUUCGUAAGGAAAAAUCUACAACCGCUGUUCUGGAAGGUCUGCAAUUGCAGAUACAAGAUCUAGAAAAAUAUGUGAUCAAUACGCAGGAACAGAAGAGGCGAUUCGUAAGCAACUUUGUUGGCUUCACAAUUGGCGCAUAUAUCGUGGGCUUUGCGCUAUGGUAUUUCUUCUAUUUCCCGCCAACAAUGCAAGAGCGCAUCAUGUACUUGGUGCCGCUGCUAUUGUUUCCAUUACUCAUCAUUUUUCUACGUCAAAUGUUUACGUGGUAUUUUCAGCGAAAGCUCAACAAAAAUGGCGAUAAGCUGGCGCAGCUCAAACAGAAGAAGACAAAGAUAUUAGAGCAGGUCAUGGACAAGGAGACAUACAAAGUGGCCGUGCAACUACUGGAACGCUUUGGCGAUAAGCAACAAAGUCGCAUCAGUGGCUUGCUCUCUAGCAGCACAGCUCGCUCGCUCAAUCAGAGCAGCAACUCCUUAAAUCGCUCCGUCAGCUCCUCGCUACAGCGUACACCGCAACCAGCUGGAGCUGCAGCGGCAGCGGCAGCAGCACAGCGCAACAUGUUAACACCUUAUACCGGUGUCUAUCGAAAUAUGAAUAACAACAAUGUAAAUACAAGUGUAGUGGCACCGCAAAUGGCACUGAAUACAACUCCGCAGACGCGCAGCACGCAGGUGGUACGCAGGCGCACGCCAUUUCCUGUUGUCGAUGAGAGUUCACGCAGCGCAUUGGAUCGCUUUGUGGAUUUCAUUGUGGGCGACAGUCCACAGAAUCGCUUUGGCAUGAUAUGCAAGGAGUGCCACAGACAUAAUGGCAUGCUGCCGAUGGAGGAAUAUGAAUAUACAACAUUUCAUUGCGCGUUUUGUGGAGCGCUUAAUCCCGCUCGCAAGGAACGUCCUGUGGCACCACGCCUCUCGCUAAACGCCGCGCAAUCGCAAACGCCAACUCUAAUAAAAAAUGGAAGUUCUGAUAGUGAUUCAUCAGACGAUGAAGACGAAGAUUCCGAGGAAGAUAAUAAGCAUUUAGCGCGUCGCGCGCUACAUAAAGAAUUACCAUCGACUGAUACUGAUGCCGAUAUGGAUAUGGAAGUGGAUGAAGCUGAUGCCGAGGCUGAUGCUGAACCCACCCCAGCGACUGCAACCAAAACGGAGGAGACUGAAAGUGCGGCCAGCCAGACUGAAACUGAAGCUAAGGCCAAUUAAAAUUUUCAACUCUCAAGAGUGCGCCAUGAACAGGUUUAGGCUUCGCAGAGCGUUAGCUUCAAAUAAAUACAACUUAUAUGUAUAAAUAUAUUGCUUAGA